CUCUCUCACACACACACACACACACACACACACAGGUGUCUGGAUCGCUCCGUCAUGGCUUUCACGUCUCGCGCAGGUCACCUGGGCUCGUGGGCUCCGGAUGAGGAGGAGUGUAGAGGAGACCGGAGGACGCGAAAGCCGCUGGUGGAGAAGAAGCGCCGCGCCCGCAUUAAUGAAAGCCUGCACGAGCUCCGGGGUCUUCUCUCCGACGCCGAGUUGCACGCGAAGAUGGAGAACGCAGAAGUGCUCGAGCUCACGGUGAGACGGGUGGAGAGCAUCCUGCAGGAUCGAUCUCACGAGACAGACAGCAUGAGCCGCGAGGCUAGUGAGCGCUUCGCCUCGGGCUACAUCCAGUGCAUGCACGAGGUCCACACCUUUGUGUCCACGUGUCCCGGCAUCGAGUCCACAGUCGCGGCAGAACUCCUCAACCAUCUGCUGGAGUGCAUGCCGCUACACGAGGACCUGCAGGACGUCAUCAUUGAUCUCGGCUCCGAGCUCCUGUCUCCUACGGGAACGUGGCCUCGUAUCGGCUCCCCGGGCUCGCAUCUGUCACCGAGCUCCUCCACUGGCGGCGCUGAGGAAGAUCCGAGCUCCGACCUGGAGGAGACCUUCAGCAGUGAGUCAGCUCCAGGGUCUGCGGAGGAGGAGGAGCAGGAGGAGGAAGAGCAGGAGGAUCGGAGCACUGGAGUAUCGGAGCAUCGUCACCCCUACUGUACAUCCAUGUGGAGACCAUGGUAAAGCUGUGAGUGCACCGGAAACAACGAGUCUUCAAACUGGAAUUACACUGGAACUUCAUCUACACAGGAUAAAAGCUCGGAGGAUGCUG